AUGGAGUCUCUACUACGUUUCCUCCUCCUCUCUUUGCUCUUACAUACCAUUCUAUUCGUCAUAUGUGAUGAUGAGGAAGACAAUCUUCUUCGAGAAAUCAACAGCUAUAGAGCAACCUUAAACUUGACAGCCCUAGCGAAGAAUGACAAGGCAGAAUGCCUUGCUGAUGAGAUGGCGGACCAGUUCAAAAAUCAACCUUGUACCAACAGUACUGGUUCCAACACCGUACCAGGUACUGAACCUCGGUUUUCCGGCUACCCCAACCUCCUAUCCAAGUGCGAUUUAAAUGUCACCGUCACACGGGACGGACAAAUAUUGCCUGCUUGUGUUCCUGGCCUGGUCUCAAGUCUCGUUGUCUCCAACUUUACAAAGUCACAGUACUCGGGCUAUCUAAAUGACACCAAGUACACUGGAGUUGGGAUUGGUUCCGAAAAGGACUGGAUAGUUGUUGUUUUGACCACGAGCACUCCUGAGGGAAGCUUUACACCUGACAAUAAUUCAGCCAACCUGUUAUCCAAAUUCGGCGCCUUCAGCCAUGCACUUUUCAUAUUUAUCAUUUUUUACGUAUUGCACUAA